AUUGGUAUAGUUUUUGUGAGCUAUGCUCGUGUUGGUUGUGACAGGUUUUUUGCUGCAUAAAAUCGGAUCUCUCGAUACAGAGAGAUGUAUUAUUCUACUUAUCAGCUGAGUUAGCUGUGAAAAAUGGUAGAUUGAAGUACAGCGAGGUAUACGAAGGGAGUUUUUCAGAAUUCUCGCAAUUGUUUUAAACGUAAGAGUAUGUAGCACCCCAGCGUUUUCCGCAGCACGCUAUUUCCACAAAACGAUGUCAAGCGGAUAAAUUAUGCCACGAAAAGAGAACACCAAAGCGAAAACAUGGGAGCGAGACAGAAGAAAACGCAUGAACACAUAUUUCAAAACGCUCGCAGAUCUUCUUCCGCCGCAUCAGGAGGGUCGCAAACGCAACAAGGUCGACAUUCUGAUUCAUGCCUCCAAGCACAUAAAAGACCUCCAUAAUCGUACCGAAGAAUUAUUGUCUGUUCAUGCCUCUGAAGCAUACAAAGAAGAAUUGUCUCGUCUGAACAAGCUAGUUACUUUGCUGAUGUCUCGUACCGAGUUACUGUCCACACUUCUAAAGGAGGCAGGAAUUUCCGUACCAUCUGAGCCAGCUUUGGAAAAGAUAUCUCCCUUGAAAUGGUCAAAUAAAUUUAAUAUCGACGAUGUAGACAAAUAUUUUGAUAAGGCUGAAGAAAAGAAAACUGUAGAAAAGAGGAAGAAGGAAAAAUCUGUGGAAAAUAAAGUGCCUUCUAAGAAAAAAUUAGUGAUACUGUCGGCUGCAAAACGGUCUGAGGAUACUGAUGUCACUGAAAAUCUUUGUAAUUUGAUAGAAAAUCAAGAGAAUAGAGUAAAUUGUGCCAAUAGGGAGAAUUAUCAUUCUGAUAAUGCAAAUAAUUUAACAGAUGCUAAUUCAAAGGAAACUGAACAUUGUCAAAAUGAUUCUGCCAACGAUGUGGCCGCGAUAUGUACCUCAAGUGUAAAAAAGAAAACCGCGAACAAGAAGACCGAGUCUCGAAAAAUAAAAAAGAAGUCCAAGCGUAAGGAUGAGAAACACGCGGCAGCGUCGCCUGUGGCCAAUACGGUAACCAAUCUAGCUUCGAACACCCUCAUUCUGUCCGGUGGUAAAUUGAUGCCUCUGAUGACUCCGAUGACGUCGAAUAUUAUCGUGAACACGCCCCAAACACCGGCGAACUCAAUAAUUCUCGGUAACACGCAACAGAGUCAAAUGAUCGUGAUGCAACCUGUGGCGAAUCGCGUUCAAAAUUCCGUCGUCUCCAUUGCGCUGUCGAAUCACGCUCUGAUCAACACCGUGCAGAAAGUCACUUUGAACACCGUGCCAAGUAUUCACGCGAAUAUGAUCGUCGAUUCGCGUAGUUGGGCGACCAACGUAAAGAACAUAAUCAACGCUACGAAAAUCGGCGGGCACAAGAGCAUCCUGCCGAAAGGUAAGGAAAUCACAAAAACGACAAUGACUUACAAAGUUCCUAUUCCGGCGAUACACAAGGACAAGCCCAAAGAUGGCGCGAGCAAGAAGGAAACGGAGGUCAAAACAAAGAUUAGCAAAAACAACUCGAAAAAUUGCAAGAGCGGUCAGACCGUGUCGGAAACAACCGAGGAGAGCGUCGAGAAGAAGUCGCCGAAAGAGACGAACGUCAAGACUCAGGAGGAUGCGAACACUUCGCGGAAAGGCACGUUCAAACGCGGCCUAUCCGCGGAAUCCGUGGACGAACCCGAAGCUAAGAAGCGGAAAGACGCGAACGGCGAACCCGCAAAAUCUGGACAAUCGACGGCUUUGAAAGCGACGGAGUUCACCGCCACGUGCAAAUCCAUCGAAAGUUUGAAACACGUUAUAGAAAAAAUCGGGGAAAACAUUCAGGAUGAGCACGCGAGUGGUGAGAAGAGCACCGCUGCCGCGAGCAGCGUUGUUCCACAAGUCAGUGACGAUGCGAAACGCGAAGAAACGUCCAAAACGAAAGAAGUAACGAAGAUAGCGGACACAAACUGCUUCGGAAUGAACAAAAAAUCGCCGGACGUCGCCGAUCGGUCAUCCGACGAUUUUAACAUGUCGAUAGACGGUGUAACGGAGAAGAAUGCCGAAAACGUAGAGGCCGCGAGCGCAAAAUCAAACAUCGAAACAGCGGAGAAAGUCGAUCCCGAAGAAUCGAAACAAGCAUGCAACCUGGACACUCGUUUCGACAAUCUUCUGGAUGUAGCGCCCGCCAAAGAACACCAACAACUCAGCGACGCGUUGAGCAACGCUGAGAGCAAUAAGAUUAUCUUAAAUUUAGAUACGAACACCACAACAACGAUGAAAUCUGACGGAUCUGGAGAUUCAAAUGUUGUCGAUACUUCAACAACAAUGCCUGCGUCAUCUUCGUCGUCCAAUAUAGUCACUGAUGAAAUCAAGGCAACGAAAAGUUCCAAGGAUGAAAUAUCCAAAUCUUUGUCAUACACCAGCGAGAACACAUUUGUGCCGAUUGGUAACAGAACAGACGGAUUACAUUCGGAUCUGUCUAACGAUAUAUUCGCUUCUCUGCAAGUUCCUUCCAGUUCGCAUAAUUCGGAAUCUAUAUCGCCCACGGCGGCGUUCCUGAUGGCUUUCCCGCUGGUGUCGUCUCUCAACGGCAAGAGCGAGGUUCUGGACGAGGAGAUGAAAGAAGACUUCAAGUACCACAGUCACACACCGCCGAUGUUAUUGCAGAUUGGCACCAUAGAACCAAACAGCUUCAAGAUCAAAACCUCCUCGUCCUCCGACGCGAUCAUGGAGAAGCGGUUGAAGACCUACGAGGAGAAGCAAGUUGCGCCGGCGAGUGUGAACGCGAACACUGACAUAAUCGUUUCCGUAGAGUGUGUUCCCACGACGAAAUCCUUGCCGAAAGUGGUGAACGAAGAAACGCUGCGGGAACCGUACAAGAUAGUUCAGGCUGUUCUGCCGCCGAGUUUGGAGAAAGCGACUAGCAGUGCGUUUUCUUCUCACAAUUCGGUCAAUUUUUCUGUUAACUCCUCGUGUAUCGUCGGCAACUCUUCGAGUGCGACUACAACGACGAGUGCGCUGAACAGCGCCAACGUUAUCGUGUCUCAGGCACCGAUCAAUAUAUCCACAGAUAAGAGUAACAUUACUGAUUGCACGUCCCAGACAACGACAAAUCGCAACAACUCCAACGUGGCAUAUUCCGGCACGCAGGACUUUCUGCCGCAUUAUACAACGGUAGUGGGAAAUAGUCUCAGCACGCAGCAACACACACCGAGCACGUCCAUAUUCAAGACAACUGCCAUCGCGACGACGCCAAAUACAAAUCCUACGGGUGUUACGCGCAUCGAAAACACCAACGAUUCCCAAAAUCUGCUGAGCACUCGCCUGGAUAACGCGACAGUGAGUACGAAUUCAUCCUCCGUGUCUCUGCAAUCUUUGCAGGUGAAUUAUUCCGCUCAAACCAAGGACAAGAGCUCUCAGAGUUCGUCGCAGAUUAUUUAUUCGUCGCAUAACAAGAACGCGCUGAUCGAUUCUGCCGGCAUUGUUUCCGAUCACCGUGUCGAUUACGCCACUCAGAUAGACCGUGGUCUUCCGACGUCGUCACAGAGUCUGCAGAGUUAUACCGUGGCGACCAAAGAGUCUAACCUUCCUAUUCUCUCUUCGCAAAACAUGCAACAACAACCGGUGUACAAUCAGACCAAAGACAGUCACGUUCUCUUAGAUCUGAACAGUUCUCAGCAAAUGUUCGCCGUUCACAAAAAGCAGGAGCACAUCAUAGCGAGUUCUGAAGUUGCGAGCGCUACGUCGCGAAAUCAAGAUUACGCCGCGAAAGCCGACAGUCAGAAUUCUUCCGAAAACUCCUUCCAACGAAACUACUCCAAGCUGAACAAGAGCACGGAUACCUCCGACGGUUUGAAUCGGGCGAAUCAAGAGACCAAACUGGGCGGCGUGCUCGGUUCCAAGUCCCAGGACCAACAGCACGGUCAUAUACGCGAUUCGACGUACAUUCCCGCGAAGAAGCUGGACAUGGAUCCGUUUACUCAGUCGUUUCAGUACGAGGUCAAGGAAACGAUGAGCAACGCGACCGAGCAAACCGACGUUCUGAACACGAACGGCAACAACGCGCACAAUAAUUACGUCUCCUAUUCUAGCAAAGACGACAAGAAGACGAGCGCCGCCACCGUCUCCACGAAUACCAUGGACAACGGUAACAAAUCAACGGUGGUGCAACAACAAAGCAUCGUUCCCCGUUACUCGCAGCAGACGUCGUCGUUCGUCGCUACGUCCAAUUACGAGCAGAGCACAGUGACGGAGAAUCACACCAAGUCCACCACCACCGUCGCUCACAACAAGUCCAACUUCAGCAUCCUCUCGUGGACGACGGCCUCACCGGUCAACGAUACCGGCAACAACAAUCUCGUGCAGUUCGAACAGGGACAGUCGCAUUCGAACAACGACACGGCCGAGACGAAGACCAUCUGCGAGAAUUACAACUACAUAUCGUUGCACAAGGAAAAUCCGAGUUUUCCGAAUCACGUGCUAACCGGCGACAACUCUUAUCCGAGCAACUCGUCCGUGACGGCCGGGCUCGACAAAUCGCGACAGAGUAAAAUCGAGCCGCAGAAACAGCCGUUCGCCGAUCCCUCGAAAACCAGGAACGAUCCGUCGAAGCAGCAGAACAGGAUGCAACAAUCUCAGCAGGCUGGCAACGAUUACAAGUUCACCGACGGCGGUAAGAGCAAGAACAAAUACGGCAUGGAGUCGAACUCGUACAUGCAGAACGAGUACAGCGCCGUUAUAGAUCAGCAGCAACAGCCGCAGUCCCAACAACAACAACACGUACCGAAGAGUCAUCAGAAUCUGUCGUCUAAGCAGGAGAAAACGAUGUACACGGCAGUGUACGAGCCGCAGAUCAACUUCGACUUGACGGACAGUAAUGUGCAAAUGAAGUAUUCGAUCGAAGCUUACACCGGUGCGAAUUUCAAAUACACGGAAAAGAUGACGCAGCAGACCGGGAGUCAGCACAAGUACCAGACUCUUGUUCAGGGCCAGAUCUCCGCUCUGUCGCACGACAAUGGCGGUUAUAACAGUGACGUGAAACACAAUCAACAGCAGCAACAGCAGCCGUCGCAGAGCAGCAAUAAGUCCAAGAGUAAUCAGCAUCAGCAGCACGCGAUCAAGGCGCCGGUCAAUUGGAUGAUGACGCCGGAGGUCAAGCACAACGUCACCAACAUCGCCGAUAUCAUUCUACCGCCGAUCGGCAAGGAGUUGGAGUUUUGCCAGAACAAUCUGUUCCCUCAGACACCCACAUACAAUCAGAGCACGCCGAAUCAGUUCUAUAACAAUUACGACGUGACCGCCGCUCAUAGUUUCCCGAAUCUGCCGGUCCUGCAAAGCGAUCCAAAGAGAUCCGCGGAAACCUUCUAUUCCGAGGAGCAACCGUUUCCCUGGUCGCCGACGAAGAGCGGCAUGCACAACAGCGUCGAACACGUCGUCGGCCAGUCCUCGGUCAAAUGCAUCGAUCAGCAUAUCGUCCCGACGAGUUUGCAGACUCUCGUGAGCGAUCUCGAUCUGAGUAGCAAUCUGACGGACAAGCAGAACUAUCUGUUCGGCGCGACUUCGUCGUCGAGAGUCUUGCCGGAUCAAAAUAAGGACGCGUCUAUAAAGGAAAAAGAUGCGAACAGUGUGUCGGGACGGGAUCUGCACGCGAUACUGAACACGCAGAACGUUCAGCAUUCGGCUUCCAGUUUUCUAUCCGUGAGCCAGCUAGUGGAACACGAGAAGGCGGAGAAGAAUAAUCAGCAGCAAAAUCAUCAGCAACAUCAGCAUCAUCAUCACCAUCCGCAUCAGCAUCAGCACUCGCAGCAGCAGCAGCAGCAACAGCAGCAGCAGCAGCAGCAGGCUAGGAAACAUCAGAGAAAGAGCAACACAAGCCCCAGAACGACCAGCAAACGGCAAAUGGACAUUCGCAAGUCCGUGACGACCAACGAUAAUAAUCUGCAUCAGCGGCACGAGGAACAAAAAUCGUCUGGACACGUGUUCACAGAACAGAACUACCAGCAGCAGCAGCAGCAGCAACAACAACAACAACAGCAGCAGCAGCAGCAGCAGCAGCAGCAGAAAUAUCAACAAAAUAACGUUCACUGGAGAAGCAGAAACUGUAAGAGCAAUUACACCGCAGAGGCGCUAAUCGGAACCAGCGCUCACGACGCGGGAGGAAACCAAGACACAAAACACAUCAAGUUCACGACAAAUUAUUCGCAGAACAAAUUCCAGAGCGGUCUGACCGCCGCGGACGCAGCGGUGAUGCCGAUCAAUUAUUUCUCGAGCGCGCCACCACCGGACGACACCGCUACGGCUGGCUACAGUCAGUCGGUAGUAAAUCAAAACUUCAACACGUACGCGUACUCGUCUAAUUCUGCCAAUUCCAUCUAUCCAACCGGUAACUUCAUCACCAGCAUCUCAAACACUCCCAAUAGCUACAUGGCCAUGCCGCUACACGACAACACCGAUUACAUACAGGAAGCCAACAGUUUUCUACUGCCUAAUGUGGGCGGGACCAGUUCCUCGAGUGCCAGCACAACAAACACGUCCACUGCGAACACGUCGUCCACGACGGCGAAUACCAACGGGAAGAAUCAUCAGCAUUACGGGAAACAUCCGAUCUGCGACAAACGUUCGUAUUCCGCCACCGCGAAGAAAGGCAAGCGAAAGGGAACUCUCGAUAGCGGGCCGAUGCAGAAUCUGGAGUUUCCGCUGUCGGGCAUCAAUUCCCCGCUGGAGGACUAUCAUCACUCCACAUUUUUACCGCCUCCGCCGCCGCCACCUCACGGCAAUUCCCUCUAUCAGAAUCACCCUCAGACGAACGUCUACGCCAAGACUGUCAACGGUCUUCCACCGCCCCCGCCGUCGGCUAUGGCGAGUGCUCAGGGGGUAGCGGCCGGGUUUUCAAUGAACUCCAACAUGGUCCGCGGUGGAAUAGUCUCAAGCAAUCCGAUAGCGAUGCCGCAUCAUCCAUCGGGGACCAGUCUCACCAACUUCAAUCUGAGCACGAUAUUUCCCGAAAUGAACGACAAGGUCACCGGAUACAAGGCCUCGAACAGCAUACCGUCCGGCUUGUCGCAGACAUCCAAUCAGCCUGUAACCUAUGCGCAACGAACUAAUUAUCCGUCAAACUCUCUGUGUCACUUGCCGCAGGCGUGUUUAUAGAGUCCUUUAAGUCUAUACUGUUUAAUAUCGAGUACGCAAGACUAAGAAUAGCGUGCAGCAAGAAGACUGUCCUGGUAGUGAAGUCAUUUAGUCGUGUGUAUUUAAAUUGAAUUUAAAACAAGAGAAAGAAUAACUCGCUAACUCUGAAAACACACACACGUGACUCAUUAACGGGAUUGAUCUUCUGUAAGUUUUAGAUGGGCGCGCGCGACUAAAAGUCCCAUCACUUCCUAAAUAUCUCCUCUCCUACAGAAAAUAAUCCGUUACAAGAUCCACAUACCAAUCAGAGUUGCCGUUAAGUCGCAUUUUCGGACUCUGCAUCCACGGCCGAUGUUUGUGAUCCGAUCUCGUGUUCAAAACCGUCUUCUCGAGUUCAUCUUGCGAAGGUACACGCGCUACAGACACCGUCCGAACUCAAGACGAUGUUGAACACAAAAUCCGACUGUGAACACCGAUCUGAGUUCAUAAUUUGUGAUACAAUCGCCCUUUGUGUACAUAUGUAAAUAGUAUCUCUUCAUCAAAUUAAAAACCGUUGAUACAAGAAGGAUGUACACACUUGUAUCUUAUACCAUCGCGACGUAUUUGUUUAAUUAAAAAACAUUGCAAACUCUCGCUUGUUAUCGAAUCGAGAUCAACG